CCACUCCCAAGGUACUACUCCUACCUCAACAAACACACUAUCCAACUACUACCAAGGUACAUACCAUUCAUACAUACUAAAACCUUCAAUAUACAAUAGACAGCAGAGAGCAGACAACAGACAACAGACAAAAUAACCAACGAACCCCAAAAAGGCCUUCUCCAACCAAUUAGACCCUCAACACCCCUCACACGCCACGACAUGGAACCAAACAACCAACCACAACAAGCCCCUCACCAGAGAUCUCCGCAAGCAACGAAAAUCACAGUUCGCAGAACAACCACCCUAGCAGCCAGUACCCACCUAAGCCUGUCCAGUACCCAUCCCUCACUACGCUACCUAACAAUGGCCUUCUUUGCACGUCCCGAGAGAGGUUCCGCAUAGUGAGGCAACAACAAUAACUGGCUUAGGUUGGGUGCUCAACUACUCAAGAGGAAGGCGAAGUUUGGGCCGUGUAGUGGUGGUUUCAGCUCGCCAUGUUUGCCAGCCUUGGGGAUUUGACUGUGUAUCGUUCUUAGAUGGAUGGAAGGAUGGAAGGGGGGUGUGGGUACCCGUAGGAGGGAGGGGGCUGGGUUGGUGUUUUGGCGUUGACGUUGGGAUAUUGGUGUGUAUGUGUGGGGUUCAGGGGGAUUCAAUGGAGGGAUGGAUUAUCGGCAUUUCUGUACGUUACCUGCAGAUUGGGGGGGGGAUUCACGGAAGUAAUGAUUGGCGUGUUGGCAUCAAGUCGUACAUUUUGGUCCCUGAGCUUUAUGGUUUAGGGAUUGUCUUCCUUGUUAGAUUGGUUUUAGGGGAGAGGUUGGCGGGUCGUGCGGUUGGGUAUGAAUCGAUGUCGAUGAUCAUUGAUUUUAAUUUUAUACAUUCUAGUAAGUUAUUUUUAUUGGGAUGAGGUUUGU